AUUUUGACGCAAAUUAUUAACAAAGAAAAACAUGUUCUGGAUGCAAGUGAAUAAUAAGAGAGUGUAAACAACCUUUAAGAUCAUAUAAGCAGUUUGUGUAAUAAUAAUAAUAAUUUCAUAAAGUAAGUAGCUCGAGCGUUAGUUUACGUAGGACCUGUUGAUACAAUCUUCAUGGAUAUAAAAUUGGACAGCAAAAUGUAUCCUUCUGAAUAUGCAAUAACCAUAAAUGAAGAGCCAAUCUAUCCAGAGGUUUGCGAUGACUCGUCGCCAGUUGAUACGAAUACAGGAAAUGAAAAUGAAACAGCGACGUUUGAAGGUGAAUCUUCGGAUGACGUUUAUCGUAGAAAUGGAGAAUCCGCGUGUCCUCAAGAAAGUACUUAUUUAGAAAAUAACAAAUCGGAACCUGAUAAACGAACAAGUAAGCAUAAAGUACCUUCAAACAACGGAAUAAGUUGCAACGUUUGUUUGUUAACUUUUCAAACUAAAAAUUUAUUGGAACUGCAUAAUAAAUUAUAUAGCUGUAACAUACUUAAGUGUAAUAAUUGCACUGCGAUCUUCACUACGCAUAUUUCGUUGAUACGUCAUUUGAAGACGCGAUGUUACACGAAAAAAUCGCAUGGAUAUAGAUGUAAUUUUUGUAACCGAAUGUUUUCCUAUAGAAAACAUGUCCAAUCUCACUUAUUCCAUGUGCAUGAGAAUGCAAUAUGUUCUGGUGAAAGCAAAAUUACGAAAACAUCUCCUGAAUCGUUAGGAAAGUCGAAGCAUUCGAAUGGUAUAGUAAAGGCAGAAUCAAAUACUUCACACAGUCCCUCCCCCAAACAUGUAAUUAGCUCAAUAAAUAUAUCUUUGAAACCACCUAAUAGUUCAAACGAUACACCCACCAAGGGUUCGAGCAGCAAGAUCAAGUCUACGCAUCCGAAACGGUUAAACGAUUCGCAUGGUACACUUUCGAAAAGGAUGACGCAGACCGUCCUUACAGACUUAAUAUCGCUGGACAAAGACAAACCGAAUGACGAAUGGGUUAGCCGGAAAGUUAUCAAUACGGAGAAUAUACCUGGUACUGCGACUAUUAUUCCAACUUCGACGCUCGAGACAUUUAGUAACAAGAUAUCAACGGCUUCAGAAGUUAUUCAGAUGUCCACUUCUGUUAAGCGAAUCGAAUCUCCUGUUAGGAAAAGACUGUUUGUUCAAACUCAUGUGAAUUUAGAAACAAUGACAUCUUUAUUAAGCAACGAAAUAAAAGCUGAAUCUGAAAGCUCCAAUACCUCGCACAAUAUGUCUUACAACCUUAGGCCAGUGAAAAGAUGUUCUUCUCCUUCAUAUGAUUUUUACGAUUUAUUGGAGUUUAAGACCUCUGAAAGAUCAAGACCAUCUUGUACAAAAAACAAGUCUCACUACAUCUUUAAUCAAAGUACAAGAUCUGCGCCUGAGUCUAAGCGUAAAGAAUGUGUGGUCCUUUUGGAGAACUGCGACAAAUUCUUGGAGCCUACUAGUUUUGUGUCAAACGAAAACGAAGACAAAAACGAAGACGAAAACGAAGACGAAAACGAAAAGGAAAACGAAAAAGAACACAAUGAAGCUUUCAAACAAGCAGUAUUGCAAAAUGUGAAUGAGGAAUUUGAAGGUUUUCGUGAAACAAACUCGGCAGAUAACUUGCCUUUGACAGCUGACACGAUUGCGUCAAAGCGAUUCAAUGAAUUUGCAAAAUCUUUCGCUCAUAGAUUAAUCGUACCUCAACAAGAAUCGGUCGAGUUUAAGAAGAACUUUAAGGUCAAUCGGCAGAAAAGAUUUCAAUGUCAUAUUUGUAAAAAAUCGUUUUCUUUGAAGGAGAACCUGCGCGAGCACAUGAAAUUGUUCCAUACGAUUUACAUGUCGAGCAUAUGCAACACGCGUUACACGUCCAUGAAUAAGUUACUAUCUCACUAUCUACGUCAGCAUAUUGUGUUUAAACGAAGGGAAUAUUGCGUGUUUUAUGAGAAGUUUGACACGUCGGCAUUGUUGAAGCGACACAUGAUUUUGCAUUGUGUGAAGACCAUAAGAUCAAAAAAAGACUCUCUACCGGUCGAUGUUGAAAUAAAUUGCAAUGUAUCGAAAAAACAACACAAAUGCAAAGGUUGUCGCAAACGAUUUUGGCUAUACUCGUGUUUGAAACAACAUGAGAAUGUAUGUCGUCGAAUGAAGGUCUUAAUACAUAAACAACGUGUACGUCGUGUAAACCAUUUGUCUCGGUCCUUGAAAGAACCAAGUGACAUGGAACUCGACAUAUUACAGUCACCUGAUUUGAAACAAAUGUUGGAUGUUCCGGGUAGGACGACGAGGUCUUUGAAAAAUUAUUCGGCUCCUAGUACGCUUAUUACGGGUGAUAUUUUCUCUUCGUCAUUCGAUAUAGCUGUAAAGAACGAAAGGUUACUUAAUGGGAUUGCAUGCGUAGAGGGUUACCAAGCGGACAAGAUGAACGGAACAAAGUUUCCUUAG